GAUGUACGCGGGUGAGGCGGGCUAGCACCGGGCCCACGCCCCCGGUCCGCGGCACAGAUGUGGCGGCUGCAGCUGCUGGUGCUGGCGGCCCUGGCGGCGGGUUCCGCCGAGGCCCAGGCGAACUCCAGCGACGGUCUCCUUGAAUUUUCUGUGGGGAAGUUUACAUACUUGGUGCUCAGCGGGCCCUUUCCACGGGAGGCCAUUCUGCGCCAUGUUUCAAGCAACGUGACCUUUCUUCUCUUCCAAAUACACUCACAGUAUCAGAACGCCACCGUGUCGUUUACUAAGACGCUCCUUCCUGGUGCCUCAGGGACAGGCAACGACAGAGGGCUGGUUUCCAUCCUCAGGCCCGGGCAGACUACGUGCACUUGGUACUUGGAGACAAAAGAUACGAAGCCUGUCCAAAGCGUGGCCAUUCCGCUGUCCUACUCAGAAAGAGAUCCCAUUCCUGGAGGCUGUAAUUUGGAGUUUGAUUUAGAUAUUGAUCCCAACAUUUACUUGGACUAUAAUUUUUUUGAAACAACUAUCAAGUUUGCACCAGCAAACCUAGGCUAUGCAAGAGCUGCGGAGCCUCCACCGUGUGACGUGGGCACCGGCCCGGAGUCUCGGUGGAGACUGCGCUAUGACGUAUAUCAGUACUUUCUGCCUGAGGGUGACCUCACCGAGGCCUCACUGCUCCGGCAUCUUCAGAGCAUGGCCCAGGUGCCCCAGGUGAAGGCCAGCGCGGCCAAGGUGGUUACCCUAACAGCUGAUGAUAAAACAGCUGUGUCCUUCUCUUCCCUCCCCGGACAAGGAGUCAUUUAUAAUGUCAUCGUUUGGGAUCCGUCCUUCAACACAUCCGCUGCUUACGUUCCUGUGCACACGUAUGCCUGCAGCUUUGAGUCACUGGAUGGUAACUGUGUCUCUCCUGGAAGAGUAUCUACCAAAGUGUUCUCCACUCUGUCUGCCAUGCUUGGGCUCUUCGUUUGUUUCUUUGGACACAGAUUCUGGAAAACAGAAUUAUUCUUCAUUGGCUUCAUCUUCCUGGGGUUCUUCUUCUACAUCCUGAUCACCAGACUGACGUCGGUUAGGUAUGACGUUCGCCUGGUCCUCACAGCUGUAGCCGGCAGCGUCGGUGGAGCCCUCCUGGUGGCCUCGUGGUGGCGAUUUGGGAUCCUCACGCUCUGCAUGCUGUGUGUUGGACUCGUUCUGGGGUUCCUCGUCUCUUCUGCAGCUUUCUUCAGCCCUCUGGGAAACCUAAGUGCGUUUCGUGACGAUGGAGUGUUCUGGGUGACGUUCUCUUGCAUCGACUUGAUAGUUCCAGUCAUGUUCAUGGGAUGCCUGAGAAUACUGAACAUCCUGGCUUGUGGGAUCGUGGGCGCCUACUCUGUGGUGCUGGCUAUUGACAGUUACCUCGCCACGACCCUCUCCUACAUCACUCUGAACGUCCUCAGAAGAGCUCUCAACACAGAUUUCCGUGGGGCCUUCAUCAGAGCCCCUCUCCAGACCAACGACUUCAUCAUCCUGGCUGUGUGGGGGAUGCUGGCGGUCAGUGGCAUCACACUGCAGAUUCGGAGAGAGAGGGGACAGCCGCCUUUCCCACCCCAUCCCUACAAGCUGUGGAAGCAAGAGAGAGAACGCAGAGUGACCAACAUUCUGGACCCCAGCCAUCACCUCCCGCCCCUGAGGGAGAGGCUUUAUGGCCAGAUCGCUGGGAUCACAGAGCUCUUCCAGAAGGCACAGCCUGCUGGGGAGCGGACGCCCCUGCUUCUCUAGCGGGCUGAGGGCUUGGUGGGUGUGUCUGGCCUGGAGCUCUGCUGCACCACCCAGCUG